AGCAGCAACAUUAACAAUUCGUUCCUCCCCCGUGUGUUACAACCGUGGCCAUAUCAAUGGUUUAGUUAAUCUUUUCGUUCUUACGUGCGGUUAUUCUAAUUUACGUGUAACCCAUUUGUUAGCUAGUAUUUAAGCGUUUAAGCUGUUGUGUAGUGAAGGUCAAAGUUUAUGUGUCUACUAUAGGAUCCUGUUUGGCGGAGAAAAACAAAAUAACCCAGCAGAACGUACAUAAGCGAUAACACAACAAUGCUCCGUAUCUUUCGCAAUCCCAUCCUUGGCGAACGCAUCAUCCGGAAGACCUUCUCGUUCUCAGCCGUCGCUGCGAAGCGCUUCGUCAUUAAGGAUCACUACGAGUUCGAUCAGAAGGUAAUCAACAGCGACAACCCAGUGAUCGUGAACUUUCACGCCGAGUGGUGCGAUCCGUGUAAAAUAUUGACACCCAAGAUGACGGAACUGUUGGAACCGUCGGAGGAGAUCGAUCUGGCUAUCGUCGACGUGGACGAUAACGCAGAGUUGGUGCACACGUUCGAGGUAAAAGCAGUUCCCGCAAUAUUGGCCUUCCGUAACGGCGUCGUGGUGGACAAGUUCAUCGGUUUGGUAGACGCAAACAUGAUCGAAAAUCUCAUCGGAAAACUAACGAAAAAGAAGACAUCGUAAUACAUCGAAGGGAUAUGCGUUAUGUGCCAACACCGUGUAAGCCUUCAUAUGGUUGGGCGCUAUAGUUUUGGUGGCUGAAUCGGGAGCAUGCUAGUGGCACCGGUUGAAUGCGGAAGGCGUGUAACAGCACGCUGGUUUAGUGGGACCGAAGAACUUGUAAUACCAUUUCUCCUCUAGACAUUGUGAUGUACAGUUAUUGAUUUUUUUUUGUUUUCCCCUCGCACCAGAGAGAGCGCCUGAUGAAUUGAUUUUAUUUUGUAACGACGAAUGAGAAAAUAUAUUGAAAACAUAUGUAAGACAUCAUAA